GGUCUAUGACCUCCCCUCCACAUUAAUUCUCUGCAUAAGCUAAAUGUUUUGCCAUACGGGGAAAAAGGCUCAGUGGGUGCAAAACAAAACAUUUACCUUUUCUAAACAUUUUGUGUUUUUUAGACUUUCGUGAUUGCAUGAAAAUAAGACUGUGCUAUGUAUUGAUUUCCAUUUCUACAUUCUCAUACCAGACCGAUCUAUGUUGGCAGCAAAAAGAAUUUAUGCAUAUUAUUUGAUGAAAUAAUAUGUUAUGUUUUAGAAACAAAAGUCUAAAAGUCAGUAUAAAGACAAAUAUUCAGAUGUGAGAUCUCAUAUCAAUAGAAGUUUUUAUAUGUUUGUGGAGUCUGUGGUUGUUAGCUUCUUCGUGGGAAAGAGAAAUGCUGAUAUUGGAACUUCAGUCUUGAUGUACAAAAUAAAUGCAGCAUAACUAACCUACUGAGAAAAUACUUCAUUCUCUUCAGAUAAAAUUCUGGAAAUAUUUAGGAUAAUAACUGAGUUAUUAUUCCAAAGAUAAGUGUGUUCUUCGUUAUUAGGAUAAAAAAAUUCAAUUAAAAAUGUAGCCUGAUUCAUUUUUUACAUAAUGUAAUGGAACUUGGAAAUUAACCAUUUAAAUUGAGAAAACUUGUGUGUAAGUGUCAUAUAAUUAGGAAAUGUAUUAAUUACAUAUUACCUUGAACAUUUCUUGUUCAAGGUAACAGACACUUAACAGCGGUUUCAAACAAAUGUAUAUGAAAUUGAUAGUCAUUUUUAUAUAAAGCCAUUUAUCAUGAGCCAAUUAUGUAUUGCAUGUACUGCAUGCUCCCAGUAGUUUUCGUAAUAGCAUGUUAUCAUAAAAUAUAUAUUCCAAUGUAUUUGAACUAAAGUUAAGCUAUACAGACCUGCCUUUUUUUGUGUAUGUUAGAAUCUUUUGUUUAUCACAUUAUUUCUUUAAAUUAUGCCCAGUGUAAGUAUUGCAUUUCCUUUAACUUGAUAUAUGAAAGUGAAUUAUGGAAACAGAUCUACAUGUAGCUACAGAUAAAGAAUCACUUCAAUGUGAUAUAUGCCAUAAAUUAUUUUCACAUAAAGGUACUUUAAAAGUACAUAUGGUAAGCCACACUGGCAUAAGACCUUAUAUCUGUGAUAUAUGUAGUAAGACAUUUGCAUCCCAAAGUAGUUUAUGUAGCCAUAAGCAUAGUCACACUGACAAAAGACCAUACAAUUGUGGUGUAUGUUAUAGGUCAUUUAAACGUAGUGGUAGUUUAAAAGAACACAUGUCUAUCCACACUGGCGAAAAGCCUUAUAAGUGUGAUGUGUGUAAUAAGUUAUUUGCACAAAAAAUUCAAUUAAACAGACAUAUGGUAACUCAUACUGGUAUGAAACCUUAUCAAUGUGGCACAUGUAAUAUGCCAUUUUCGUUCCAAAGUGGCUUAUUUAGCCAUAUGCGUAUUCACACUGGUGAGAAACCACAUCGCUGUUAUGUAUGUCACAAGGCAUUUGCACGCAGAAGUCACUUAAACACGCAUAUGUUUACCCAUACUGGGGAAAAGCCGCAUAAGUGUGAUGUGUGCGGGAAGUGUUUCCUUGAUAAAGCUAAUCUACGAAGACACAUGUCUGCUCAUACUGGUGAGAAAUCAUUUAAGUGUGAUAUAUGUAGUAGAUCAUUUGCACAUAAAGGUCUCUUAAGCAAACAUAUGUUUAUCCAUAGUUGUGAAAAACCAUAUAAGUGUGAUGUGUGUAACAAGUCAUUUGCAUUGAUGGUGAGAUUAAAUUUGCAUACAGAAAUCCAUACUGGUAUAAAGCCUCAUAAUUGUGAUGUGUGCAGUAUGUCUUUUAUUCGGAAAGGUAACUUAAUUCAGCACAUGCGUGUUCACAGCAGCGAGAAGCCAUACAAUUGUGAGACAUGCUGCAAGUCAUUUGCACGUAAAAGUGAUUUCAAGAAGCAUUUGCUUAUACAUACUCCUGAGAAACCAUUAAAAUGUAACAUCUGUAGCAAGUCAUUUAAACGUCGUGAUUCUUUAAAAAAUCACAUGCGCAUACAUACUGGUGAAAAGCCACAUAAGUGCGACAUGUGUAAUAUGUCAUUUAUAACCAAAACGAAUUUAAAAGUGCAUAUACUUACUCAUACUGGUGAGAAAUCAUAUAAAUGUGAAGUAUGUUGUAAGCUCUUUGGAACUAAAGGUAGACUAAAUGUCCACAUGCGUACGCACACUGGUGAAAAACCAUAUAUAUGUAAUGUUUGUGGCAAGUCAUUUGCAUUGAGCUGUGCCCUAAGAGUUCAUAUGUAUACUCAUACAGGUAAGAAAACACCUAAGUGUGAUAUAUCAAACAAAUUAUAUUCCUGAAAAUAUAGCUUAAUGGCACAUAUGAUUUUCAAUGUUGAUGAAAAACAACAGGAAUGUGAUAAAUGUUGCAAGUUGUUUGCUCAUAAAAGCAAUUUAAAUCUGCAUUUGCUUUUGCAUACUGGUGAGAAAUCAUUAAAGUGAUAUAUAUACUAAAUCUUUAGCACUAUAUGUUUACUGUGAGAAAAAAAAAAUUAGCAACAUAGGGGACAAACCACGUGAAUAUUAUAACUCAUUUACAUGAAAUAUAAUGUAUAAUAUAUGAAUAUAAUAUGGGUUAAUCUUUGGAUUAUGUUAACUUGGCGAUUUUUCAGUGAACCCUGCUAGUUUUUGGACGCCAUUUUGUUUUUCACGAAGUAAAGGCUUUUUUUUUUUUUUUUUUUUUUUUUUUUUUUUAACUCAACAUUUUUUUCCAACAAUCUGCUAGCCAAAUU